CGUGCCUUUCUUCCUCCUUGGCUCGCUCGCCACUGCCCACAGUCCUCACCCGACUGCCUCCAUAAAAAAAAUCCGAGCUCCAACAAACAACCACCGCAACCUCCAUCCCCUUGCCUUCCCCCACACACCAUCUCCCUUUCCACUGCAGGAUUUCUUUCUUUCUUUCCCCACAGAUAUUCCCAAAGAAUCUUCUGCGUUGCUCUCCUCCUCGGAUUCCUCUUCCCCUCCUCUCCUCGCCUCCCACUCCAAUUAUUCCUCUCCCUACUCACUUGCUUUGCUUCUCUGUUAUCUCUGUCCUCUCCUCCGACCUCGUGUUUCUUCUCCCUAUACCACCAGCGGAGCGCCAGCUGCGCGCUGUGCGUGCCUCGUGCCUAGAGGAACGCCCGCCGUCGGCAGCAGAGAUUUCCGGACGGCGGUGCCAUGUGCGUGGAGGAGCCGGAGGACGCGGAAAGGCUUGGUUUUGGAGACGCAGGCGUCGAGGAGCCCGCUAAGUUUCCCUUGGUUCAGAUGGAGAGAGUUUGCGAAAACACUACUUCUGCUGAUUUCAGGCAGAAGUUAAGCAAUUUUGUUCCAGUAAUCCGAUCGGGUGAUUGGUCUCAUAUUGGAGGUCGCCAAUACAUGGAAGAUACCCACGUGUGCAUUCCAGACCUUGCUAAGAACUUUGGCUUCCCAUCAUUAGAUAAUGAAGUUGUUUCCUUCUAUGGGGUCUUUGAUGGUCACGGUGGAAAAGAUGCUGCCCAUUUCGUUCGUGAUAAUUUACCAAGGGUGAUUGUGGAAGAUUCAGAUUUCCCUCUUCAGCUUGAAAAAGUUGUGAGGAAGUCCUUUAUGCAGACUGAUUGCCAGUUUGCUGAGACAUGCUCUCUCCAUAGAGCAACAUCCUCUGGCACAACUGCACUUACAGCAAUGAUUUUUGGAAGGUCUCUUCUGGUCGCUAAUGCUGGUGAUUGUAGGGCAGUUCUUUCCCGGUGUGGCACUGCAAUUGAAAUGUCUAUGGACCACAGGCCUUGUAGCCUCAGUGAAAAAUUGCGCGUAGAAUCGCUUGGUGGCUAUGUGGAUGAUGGCUAUCUGAAUGGUUUGCUAGGAGUCACUAGAGCGCUUGGUGACUGGCAUCUUGAGGGUAUGAAAGAAGUCGGCGAACCAGGAGGUCCCCUGAGUGCUGAUCCAGAGCUCAAGAUGAUCACACUAACAAAGGACGAUGAGUUCUUGAUAAUUGGCAGUGAUGGAAUCUGGGAUGUCUUUUCAAAUCAAAACUCCGUGGACUUUGCACGGAAGCGCCUCCAAGAGCACAACGAUGUGAAAUUAUGCUGCAAGGAAAUCGUUGAGGAGGCAAUAAGGCGAGGGGCCACUGACAACUUAACUGCAGUGUUGGUCACGUUCCACCUGGAGGCCCCUCCUCAGAUCAAAGUGGACCGUCCCGGUAGGGUGGCACGGAGCAUAUCAGCUGAAGGGCUCAAUAGCCUCAGGAUACUCCUGGGAAGGCAGUAACCACAUUCUUGUCACAAUUAGGUACUGUGUUGCAUUGCCGAGUUGUAAUUGUAUGUAGUCAUCUCGGCUCCUCAUUGUUGUUAGGUGUUACCCAUUGCUACGACACAGGUUACUAUUCUUGUUGGUAAUUGAACCAACAAACUUGAUAUUAUUCUUGUUGGUAGUUGAACCAACAAACUUGAUACUAUUCUUGUUGGUGAUUGAACCAACAAAUUUGAGCUCCAUCGUGUGAGAGAUUUUAAGCAGAUGAAAGUAAAUCUGGCAAAGAAGCUGUGAGUUCCCAGCUCACUGUGUAAUGUUUGCCCCCUUUUUUGUAAAUAAAAAUGUCACUGCCUAGCCUUUGCAAUUGGCCUUUCGUCAUGUAAAAAACAAUUCUUGACUGAAAUGUGUCAAGACUGGGUCAAAUUUCCUGUUCUCA